ACUUCUCCAUUCCGAGCCCCCCUCUCUCUCAGCUUUAGCAGGAGCGACUGUUUGAUCGAUCGGAAGCUGGAAGACGAGUCACGUUUAUUCCUCACUUUUCAGGCUUCCUCGGAUUGUUUCCGGACUGGCCUCCCUCCCGCAGAGCCUGCUGUUGACUGUGAGGGAUUUUGCUUCCAGACGCCAGUUUUCAUCGACUACACAAACUUGAUAGGCAGGCAAGCUAACUAGCUAGCCACCUAGCUAACUUGCUAACUAGCUUGCAGUGUUGUUAAGGGGGACCUCGUUUUCUUUUAUUUUCCCCCCCUUUCCCCUUGUUAGUUUUGGGGUUUCUUUGUCGUUGCUCUGUAGCUGGCUGUGGCUACUUCCCCCGACACCCGAAGGCUGUUUGCGGCGAGGUUUGAGCCGGUUGUUCGCAGCUAGCGUGCUCGACACACAUUGCUAGCUCGCUAGCUAACACCCUGCGUAUUUAGCCUGGAAGCGAGUUCGAGGCCUCAGUCCAGCACCACCUCCAGCAGCAGCUACUACAGUGUUUGCAGUGCCGUGAAGUGAGAGUUGACAGCUUACUUGGUGACACAGAGACUUCUCCCUGAGGAGCCAAGAAGCAGACGGCUCAUGACUUCUGACCAGGACACGAAAGUUGUAGCUGAACCACAGGUGCAGCAAGUACAAGAGGCAAAAGAGAACUCUCAUUUGGAAUCUGCUAAGGUUUCGGACCUCAACCCCAAUGCGAAAGCAUGGGCCAACCACAUGUUUAGCCUGGACACCAGCGGGACUGCUGACACCACAACUGCUGCCCUGCAGCCAUGGAAGGAAGGCUGCGAUAGUUCGGCCGACCCUGGCCCAGAAGGCUAUGAAGCCAGUGAAGACAAGGCUUACAAGGAGCCCCUUCUAACCGACCCAGAUGAGCCCCCACCGCUACCAGUAAUGCUGGCCGAGCCAGCCUCCGUGGCCUCCGUCACUCUGGAGUGCUCCGAGUCAGCCUACACAGAAUGCCCCGAGCCUGGGCAGCCUGGGCACACAGGCAGUGAUCCCCAGCCUGACAACCCCCAGGAGGGCUUGAGGGAGCACCUGAAGAAGACCCUGGAGUUCUGUCUUUCCCGGGAGAAUCUGGCCAGUGACAUGUACCUCAUCUCCCAGAUGGACAGCGACCAAUAUGUGCCAAUUGUGACGGUGGCCAACCUGGACCACAUCAAAAAGCUCAGCACAGACGUGGAGCUGAUUGUGGACAUCUUACGAUCUUUGCCAUUGGUCCAGGUGGAUGAGAAGGGGGAAAAGGUGCGACCCAAUCAGAACCGCUGCAUCGUGAUCCUCAGAGAAGUUCCAGAGAGCACGCCCAUAGAGGAGGUCGAGGCCCUUUUUAAGGGGGACAAUUUACCCAAGUUUAUCAACUGUGAAUUUGCCUACAAUGACAACUGGUUCAUCACCUUUGAGUCAGAAGCAGAUGCACAGCAGGCAUAUCAGUAUCUCCGUGAGGAAGUGAAGACCUUCCAAGGGAAGCCAAUUAAGGCGAGAAUAAAGGCGAAGGCAAUCGCUAUCAACACUUUCAUGCCAAAGAACGGUUACCGGCCGGUGGAGGUGAACCCAUACGCUCAGCAGCGCUACACAUCCUACUACAUCCCGCCGGUUUACAACCCCCAGCAGCAAUUCCCCUUAUACAGCCUCAUCGCGCCGCAGGCCUGGACGGCCACACACAGCUUCAUCGACCCCACGCUGGUUGCUCCAUUUCACAACAACCAGUUCAUCAAUGGAUUUACAUCACACGGUUUCAAACCGACGACGUCGCCCCUCACUGUCAGACACUACUCACCCAGGAACAGGAAUCACAGCAAACCUCACCUGAGGCCGACUAUCCCCACAGCGGAUCGGAGCACUGGGCUACUGGACAACCCAGGCCUCUUUCCCAGCUUCAGCAGCGAGAGGCUCAACGGGGCUCGCAGCAGCCCGCCAACGCGGCUCCCCACCAGCCAGCCCAGAACCAGGUUACCCUCCACUGCAGCCUUCCCCCGCAGGGACACCGUGGGCACAGGGCGAGUAAUAGAGCCCACAACCACAGACUACUCCCUGGGCAUCGGCCGAGGAAGGAAAAAUGUUUCUGCUUCUAGGAAAAAGAGGGAUGAAAAGUUUACAAGAGUGACGCCUCAGUCACCGCCUCCUCCCCCCAAACCCCCGUCUCCGAGCUUUGAGCUCGGCCUCUCCAGCUUCCCUCCCCUGCCCGGAGCGGCCGGCCAGCUCAAAACUGACGACGUCUUCGACAACCGACUGGCCAGCAGCGUAGUCGUCGGAACCACCAAGGAACGGAAUGUAAGUGUUGAGUCCAGCAGUGGAGGCGCUCACUCUCCAGCGGCCCCCAGAGAGCCUAUGCGGUCCUCCACCUCCCCGAUGGCCGCAAGCUUCCAGCCCUCGCCGACCACCCCGACCACGACCUCCGCCUCGACGCUGACCCCUUCCCCUGGCACGCCACACAGUCCCGCCCCCUCCCUUCCAGUAACAGAGGUGAAGGUGACAGAGGUGAAGCCGAAGGAGGUGCAGCUGUCUGUGGAGCGAGUUCCCGGGACUCUGUCCACUGCAAGCAAAUCGGUGCAAGUCAACGGUGCUGCCACAGAGCUGAGAAAGCCCUCCUACGCUGAGAUCUGCCAGCGGGUGAAGGAUGCCCCGACGUUACAGCAACCACCCACCCCCAAGGAAGCCAAGCCAGCCUGCGCCGUCACAGCAGGCGAGGAGAGGAAGUGCCCUGAUGCCUCCGCCCCCGCAGGGGAGGCCAAGGCCAGAGAGACUUACCACACCUCCUCCAAACCCGGCUCGACGGCCGUCACCACAGGCAGACCCCCAAAGGAGGUCCGAAGGCCGGGCGGGCGGUGGGCCUCUCCACCCCCACACCCAGGGAAAACCCCCAACAAAGAUUCCCACCACACCCCACCCAAGUCCCCACAGUAGGGUGACUCCCUUUCCCUCCUCGAGUCCUCCAACCCCACUACUAUGCUCCACAGAUGCGUUUAAAAAAGGAAAUACAAGUCAGGGCUACUUGAUACUUAUAUCCCAGAAUCACCAGUCACAAACAAGCAUAGAGGACGCCUUCUUUUCUGGAUCAGGGCUUGCAAACAAAAAGCACUUUACUGUGCAUGUAGAGCACCGUUGGUUUCUUUUUCUUUAUAUUCUAUUUAUUUUUGUUUUGUUUUUUUAAUUUUCAGUUUUAUUUCUGCUUUUCUCUUUUUGCAUUAUGUAGUGGUGUCAGCCUGUCAGCUGGCACAGACAACACUGAAAUUUAUUCUCUGUCCAAAUGGCCUUUUGGGAUUAAAUUAGUCUUGUGUGCGCGUGUGUCUGUGUGUGUGCUUGUGUGCGUGCGUGCGUGAGAGAGAAGCAGCAGGGCAUUGUUGGAAGCCACCCCAAAGGAUGAUGGGAAAGGGUGCAUAAAACAGACUCCAUCUUGUUUGGCUCUCAUAAUGAGGGGUUUGUUUGCAUGUAGAGUGGCUCCGUUGUGCAACUUUAAGUAUCUUAAUUAUGGGUCAUUAUUAGUCAGUAUGUUUGUUUUUUUUUCAAUACAUAUUCACAUCCAUAUGCAACUUAACAUCAGAAGAAGACCUGGAUCCUUUGGUUUACAGAUUCUUUUGCAGAUUUAUUUACUCUCGAUGACUUUUGUGUCUCGUUUUGUUUGCAGACUGUUGUACAGUAACUGGUAAUCGUCUUCUUCCUCUGAUCAUUCUCUUCAUAAAGGAUCACCUCCUGCUGUUUGCUAACAUGCUAACCAUAGUGUGUGUCUGUGGCCUAAUGUGGGGUUAGUGCUAUUUUUUUUAAGUGUCACACAGGAAAGGCACACGACUCUAACACAAACGUCGCUUUAAGAUAAAUUAGGAAUUGAGGAAUUUGUUGGAAAAGUCUGGAAGCAGGUGAGCUGUUGCUCACACAGCCUCUGUGUGUGUGCGAGAGAAGACAUUUAAUUAGUUCAGAAGCUAAAUUCUCUCCCCUCUUUUCAUUUCCUGCGGAAUAUUAUCUUCUCAUCAGCAGGGAAUUACUGCGGAAGGAAGGAAGAUGCAGGGCAGGUUUUAGGCUGACAAACUUCGAAUCCAGCAGUGACGAUAAAGCCGCUUCUUCCCAUCUGAAACGGUUUUGUGUAUGCUGGAGGCGAGGAAACGCUGACGAGCAGGAAGGAGGAAAUUAACACUAGCUACCAGAUACCAGUAUAGUAAACACGUCUGUUUACAGGCGUCGUUUGGAAGGUGAUUUGGGGGUUUUUUUUCACUCGCCCCUGAAAAUCUGCUGAGACAGAGUGACUCAUCAGGAGGCUGAGAUGUUAAGUUUCCUGCCCAAAAAAAAAGAGGCACAAGUUCAGAGUUGAGUGGAGAUUUGAUGCUUCCAGUUCAAACCUUUCAAACGGUGGCAUGUUUGUAGUUCUCCCUCCUACUUAUGGUGCUAGAUACCGAAACCUGGAACCUGUUACUACAACUCAUCUGAUACUGUAAGUACAAAUACUUGAUUUACAUCUGCAUCAGUUUAAUUGCACUGUUGGCGUUUUUCUCAGACUCUCGCAGGCAAAUUCAUGUGAUUAAUCCUCAGUGAAGUGAAAAAAAGGGAAUAGAUUUUUGAAAAUUUGAGGAAUAAAACCAGUUUUCCAGGAGACCCUGCUGCACCAUCCGCAUAGACACUGAAGCCUUUUUGUUCUCUGCGUUAAAGCGUGUGUGCAGCGUUAGAUUUCUGAUGACUGAUGCUUAACGUUUUUUUUUGUUUUGGUUGAUGCCGCGUGGAUAGACGUGCCGUGGUUUGGAUUUUUGACUUUGGUUUGAAAAGUGUGAUGAAAAUGGGAAGUGGGAAGGUUGACUAGACCUAGUAUAUUUUUAUGAAAUUACACAGAUGAAGGUAAAUGAUGAGUGGAUGAUUAUUUCCUUUUUUUCCUGGAAUGUGGAUUGCAAUGUUGAAGCGAGAGAGAGAUUUUGGGAGUCCUGUUGGGACUCAUGUGGACAGCGUUGAACCAAAUGGGAGCCGGAGGGUUUAGGCAGGAAUGCGUUCAGGGACCUGUGAGAGUGUCAUGGAAAAUCCAACCUCGGGGUGAAAAUGUUCAGAUGUUUUUUUUUUCCCCGAGUUUAUACCACUAGGAUUGUUGACCUUUUUUUUUUUCCUUUCUGUCAGCAUGCUUUGUUGUUGAUUUCUUCCAGUUUGUUUGCACUCUUUGAUUUCUCCGAAAAAAAAAUUGGAAAAGAUGAACCGGAGUGCGGCGGGCUUUCCACUCUUGCUGCUUCACUCGGGUUACCUUUGAUAAACGGCAGCAGACAGGAGGUAAAUUUAAAGCACAGAGUAAGAGGAAACAUCCUUUACUCACCUUGAGCAGGAGGUGGCGCCCAGUCAGUCGGAGCUGUUUUGGGACCGGAGCUGGUGGAAAAUUUUGAUUCCUGCGUCAGAGUGAAGCAGCAGGAGUGGCACAUUUGGAGAGGGCAGUUCCAGCUUUGGUUGGAAGGUCUGCCUACUGUAGCAACCACUUUGGCAGAUAACCAACCGAGUGUGUUUUAAUGUGAAUGUAACUGGCUGGAAAAAUGAGAAUUAAAGCGUUUCGGGGCGAUAACGGCUUCCCUCCUCGUUCAUGUGCUCGGGUUCAUCUUUUAAACGUCACCUCAGAUGCAAAAACACCCUUAAGAAAAAAAAAAGACAAAAACCACUGUACUAUACACAAUAUCUGUUUGGGUGGGACCUCGCAUGUCUCGCUGAAGUCUUCCUGCGACAAAAAGCAUUCUGGGUAAUCCCACUAAGAGAAAACAGGAGCCAAUCUGGAGAAGGGAAAGCUUCAUUUAAAAAGCCUGUACUCCUGGUCAGAGCUGCUUUUGAUUUGGACGUUACAGUUUGAGUUUAGUGAAUAAAUAAAAUAAAAUAUUUUUUUAUUAUUUUGAAGGACUGAGAUGCACUUGGAUGGGUGUAUUUUUUUUUUUUCUCCUCAUUGGUGGAAAUGGUAAAAGAGAUGUAAAUGCACCAUAUCCACUUAUUUAUAAAGCAGUGCUGUUUAUUCCACAAGAAAUAUCGUUAAGUUUUCUUUUUUGGGAGAAGAAAAAAAUAGAGAUGUGUUGAUGAGCUCUCUCUCUAUAAAUAUAUGUUUAAAAAAAAAAAUCCAUCCAGUGUUUGAAAAACUUGAAUUUUAUUUAAACUUGAAAAAUGACUUUGCCUUAACUUUUCUACAAGACGAGCAUAGAGUUUAUUUGUUUUCAGAAAAGAUCCCCGACAUGUUAACGAAGCGUGACGCGUGGAAAAUAUUUAGUCAGACGUCACAAGUCUGACUGAGCGAGCGAGCGAGUACAGAUCUAACAGCGUUUUCUUUGGUUUCCUCUUUUUUUGUAAAAUGUACAAAAAAAUGAGCUUUGAUUGUUCUUUUGGUUUCUUGUUUAUAGUUUCAGGUUUUUUGU